AUCAUCGUCCUUCUUUGUCCUCUUCCUUAUCAGGGCGCAAUAAACUUGUUGAUGGCUGUUUAUAAGAAGGAGUUUAGGUCUUUGGGAGGGUAUCUGACUGAUGCAAGCCAGCCAAACCUUGGCAGGGUAGAAUCUUUUAUUCAGGCGGUAGGAUCAUAUGAAGAUAAGAUAUUCCAAAAGAGAUCUCGCUUACAUCAGAGACAAUCUGAAAGAAUCAAGCGUGAUAAGGCGCAGGCAAAAAGAGGAGAUGACUCUACACCUCAAGCUGAACCGAACUCUCUUGUUCCAGUAGCUCGAUUCCAUGGUUCUCGUCUAGCUGCGGGUCUUUCACCUUCUCCCUAUCAACAAGGAGGAGCUUCAAAAUCUUGUAGACCUGAUCAGCUUGGGCAGGCCACCUCUGGUCUUUCCAUCCUUGACAUUAAGAAUGAGCAGUCUGAGACUUCUGAUGCUAAAAGGACUGUUGUCCGUGCGCAAAAAGUAUCACGUUUGAGUUCCGAGGCCACGAUAGGAUCUGCAAUAGUUGAAGCUGAGAAUAGCCUUGAAAUUGAAGUUUCUGAAAACAAGGAAGAACUGAAAACAAAGCUAAACAAGUUGCUCCGUGACAAGAAUGAUAUUUUCAAUUCAGAGAAUCCUGAAGAAGACAAGGUCUGAAAAUUAACAUCACUUUUCACUCCUUGG